AUGCUUCUGUACCCUGACCUUAUGGCCCUACUGUUCCUCCAGCUAGCGCUCUCCAGCCCAUGGACACUAGCCUCCCGGCUGCCUCCUCUCAGUGGAGGGAAUCCCUUCAGUAAGGGCUCCCAGGUGGCCAGGGCCCCCAAACAGACACAGCAGUCUGGAGAGCUCAGCACCACUGUCCUGGCCCUGGGGGAGCCCUGUGGGGUCUACACUCUGAGCUGUGCCCGUGGACUCCGCUGCACCCCACCACUGGGGAACCCCAGCCCCCUCCAGGCCCUGCUGCAGGGCAGGGGAGUCUGCAGCAAUGCCAGUGGGCCCAGCCCUUCUGAGAGGCUCCAGCCCACAGCCACACACCCAACACCCAGUGAAGACCUGGAGAAGGCUCCAUGCCGUAGGCUGCUUAACACUGUACUUAAAGGUCUGCAGCCCCUGGUCUUCCAGUCGGACUGUGCUGAUAUAUAUAUGCCCAACUGUGACAAGCAUGGUUUCUUCAGAAAGAAGCAGUGUCGGUCGUCUCGGGGCAUGCAUCGCGGCCACUGCUGGUGUGUGGACAAGAGUGGCAUACCAACCCCAUCACACACAAGCUCAGAGGGCACCCUGAUCUGUGACAACGCAUGAAAGGGCACUGUCCAGCCCACCCUAUCCUGCAGUCUGGA